AUGGAAGCUGCGUCCUCUUCCUCUGCAGCUUCUUCUUCCGCUGUAAAAGCCGAAAAUAAUGAAGCGAAUAGACCAAGAAGAAUGAUCAAGUUCCCUAAUAAAGAACUUCCUCAAAUCACUCAACCAUCCCGUCGUAAAAAAACCAAGAAAAAUAUCGACCUUAAAUUCUGUCGCUCAGUGUAUCUGGAAUUGAAAAAACGACAACACUCUGCAUAUGCUUACCCGUUCUAUGAGCCGGUUGACGCUGAGAAAUUGGGCAUUCCUGAAUAUCCUAACAUAAUCAAAAACCCCAUGGAUCUCUCCACAAUUUAUAAUAAAUUGGAAAAAGAAGAAUACACUUCUGCAGAAGAGUUUGAAGCAGACAUUCGAUUAAUGUUUGACAACUGUUACAAAUUCAAUGCUCCUGGUACUGAUGUUUAUAACAUGGCUAAACAUUUGAAAGCUUUGCAAAAACAUCUUGCUGCUUUAUCAUCCCAACUGAAUCAAUAUAGAAAAUCAGGAAAAACUAAAAACAAAAAACCUACUAAAAAGCUUACUAAAAAACCCACUAAAUCCAAAUCCAAGUCUGAUGCUGAUGCAUUGACUGAUGCAAUGCCAAAAGCAAAACGUCGACGAAUUUCAAAAGCUGAGAUUGAGACCAUUGUUAAAGAAGAUGAUGAUAAGGAACUUACUGCCGAUCAAAAGGCCCUUCUUUCUAAAAGGAUUGAAUAUCUUCCUCAAGAACUCAUGGUUACGCUCAUUAGUAUGAUACAACAGAGUGGAGCAACGUUGAUGCCUGAAGAAGGUGGUUACGAGUUAGAAAUUGAGUCUAUUGACACUAAAACUGCUAAAAAAAUUUAUAAUUUUGUAAUGGCAAAUACUUCCGAACCAAAUGGUCGUAAAAAACGAAAAAUACCUGCUAAAAGAAAAAACCAGAUAAGUGAAGAAGAACAAAUAAAAGCUUUGGAAGAAACUUUGGCUAAAUUUGACAACAAAUCCAUAACCUCUAACGCUAAUAUAGAGGCAAAUGAUAGUUCUGAUGAUGAUUCUUCGGAUAGCCAAAGCUCGGCAUCUUCUGGUUCCGAGUCUUCGGGUAGUGAUACAGUUUAG